AUGGCCGCUGGAGGGGGCCACACCGUUCUGCUCCAGAGCGAUGGCACCGCCGUGGUGUGUGGCGAGGAUGGCGUCGACCAGUGCGACCUCCCGGUGCCAGCAGAAGGCCUGAGCUUCACGCAGGUGGCCGUUGGACGGGGCCACAUCGUUCUGCUCAAGAGCGGUGGCGCCGCCGUGGCGUGUGGCGUUAAUGGCGCGGGCCAGUGCGACCUCCCAGCGCUGGCGGAAGGCCUCACGUACGUAGCUAAUUUGCCCACGUUGCUCUUGCAGGCAUUUGUCGACACUUGCUUCAUGACGCUGGGUGCUCUUGCAGGCAUUUGUCGGUUGUGGCCGCACCAGACGCUCGCCUGGCCACCAUUCGAAAGCAGUUGA